AUGCUGCGACGGCUGCACAUCCGUCGCCGCGGCGCAGCUCCGCUGCCGUGGUUGGCGUUGUGCACGAUCGUCGUGGCGUUUCUGUGGCGCAUCGCUUCUUCCGAUGAGUGGUGUAAGGUCGCCACUUUCGGCCUCGAGCCUCAUUACGAGCAAUGCCUACCAGAUGGAGACACUCUGGUGCGCUACACCAUCGAAGUGGUCCCCUUGCGUCUGGACGAUAUGAGCCUCAGUGCCGACGUACGCAUAAAGAUCAUCGGUGACGGGAGGGAAACGAAGCCUAUAACUAUAGCUUCCAUCGACGGCACCCACACGAGGCUGAAUGUGGAACGCAUCGACGUUGGCGACCCUCGUGCCAUUGAGUUGGAUUCCGGCACCUCCGAUUGGUCGUGCGAGCGCAUCACCGUGUUUAGGGACUCCAAGUACUGGAUUUUCGACUGCGUUGCAGACGGAUCGGCGGGCGUGGUUGAGGACCGCCCGCGCUACCUGCUUUCCGGCAACAAGGUGUACACCGUCAGCAUCCAGACCGGCAGCUACAAGGACUCGGGCACUUCCGGCCGCAUAUCGCUGAUGUUGAUCGGCCCGCUGGGGAAAAGCAACACGAAGUCCCUGGGAACUAACUUCUACGCGGGGUCGUACUUGACGUUCGUGUUGAAGGCCGCGGAUGUCGGCGACGUGACCGGCGUGCUGCUGUCGAAUUCGGCAACGUCCGACCCGUGGUACUGCGAGGACAUUCGCGUGAUGUCGUCGAACGAAUCUGUGAAGACGUUCGCGGUGAAGCGGUGGGUAGGCAGCCCCUACGAGUCGUCGGUUGAGGUAACUACGGCCGAGGGCACGAGCGUGACGAACUUCAACGAGACCACGCCCAUGGAUAUCCAGUGCCACACGCGCGCUAUAGACCUUUAUUCCGGUCCCGUCAACAAGCCCUUCAACGUGACUGUGCGGUGCCCGAUGAACUGCCAGGCGUCCGCGCUGGUGCACGUUGUGGGUUCCUCCCUGCACCAUUCAUCGUCUUCAAUUUGCACAUCGGCGUUGUACGACGGCGUGCUCACCCCUUCUGGUGGAGAGGUGGUGGUUUCGAUAGUGGGCGCCUUGAAGCACUACCAUGGCGCCGUGAACCCUUUCAACCACAUGGAGUCAGAGAGCUACGAGCCGUCCCCGGACAAGCCCUACUACUCGUUCUACACAUUCCUGAACGAGAGCAUCGACAACGUCGAGUCCAACGUGCGGCUGGUGGACGCGUAUGGGCGCCUCUCUUCGUUCGGGCGCCUCGAGGUGCUGAAAAACGGCAAGUGGGGCACCGUCUGCAACAAGGGGAAGUUCGGCGCUUUCAACGAAGCUGCGGCGAACCUGGUGUGCCGGAAGUUGGGCUUCAAGCACGGCGUCCACGUCAUGGAGAGCUGCUCCAGUGUGAACGACCAGAACAUGUGCGUGCCGCGCGGUUACGCCGUUUCGUACGCCGGGUUGAUGUGCUUGGGCACGGAGGAUGACAUAUCGAGCUGCAUCAUCGAGGAGCCAACGGUCGACUGCCAGUCUCACAAGGACGACGUGAUCGUCAAAUGCACCAACACGAUGCCACGCGACGGCAUCCCGUUCGGCACCUUGCGUCUGGUUGAUGCGUCCGGCGUGCCCACGAGCACCGGCACCGGCCGCCUUGAGUUCUACAACGACGGGUUCGGCUCCGUGUGCAACGAGUCGUGGAGCAAGGCCGCGGCGAAGAUCGCCUGCCAGGAGAUGGGCUACAUCGGCCUUCACAACGGCGGCUUGGUCGGCCAGGACUGCUCCGACGUGCACGGCGUGAACCUGUGCGCACCAGUCACGCAGAAGAUCGCCGCGGUGGACUUCCAGUGCAAGGGCCUGGAGCGCGCUCUCGGGCAAUGCCCCCACGAGUCGGCUGACGACAUCUACUGCACCCACGACCAGGACGUGGUGCUUUCCUGCGCCGGCAACGGCGACCCGAGCGAAUUCAGGCACCAGCGGCGCACGGAGCCGUUCACGCCCGUGAUGAAGAAGCUGCCGCACGCCGUGAAGCUUACUUGCUACGACAACAUGGGAUCGCACAGCGAGCUUCAGACUAAGCAUGGCGACUUCGCGAUCGCCAUCUGCCCACCGGGUUGCAAGAGCGACCCCGCCGCUUUGAAGGGCACGUUCAUCUACACGGAGGACUCGGCGAUCUGCAAGGCUGCCGUGCAUGCCGGCGUGCUAGAUGACUCCGGUGGCGAGAUUGUGGUGAUCCGCGCCAUCACCCAGCCUACGUUCUACGGCUCUGUGAUGAACGGCGUGACGAGCCUCGGCGCUCACAAGAUGGCGUCGGAGUUUCAGGCGGGGGCGUUUCUGGUUUCGCGCGCGACGAAGCACAUCCUUUCUAAGCAGAUGAAGCUGCAACACGCGACGGGAUCCCAGGCCGACCCCAAGCCGCUCGUGGGCGCUGACACCCCUCCGUCUCCGCCGAGCGUCCGUUGGUUCCCCGAGAUGGGCUGGAAGGGCUUCAACGGCUCCGCUGCGGACUUCGUGAGCCUGCGCAACUUCCCCAACACCGAGAAACUGAAGACGUUGCGCGAUUUCACGUUCAUCGUGCAGAUGACCCCCACCGAGCUGGUUGGUAAAUGGAACACGUUGUUUUCGUUCCAGGGUUGCGGCGGCCUCACCUGCACGAUCGACAACGCCGGCGAGAUGGUCCUGGAGGAGAACUGCCGGCCGGAACUGUUCAAAACAACGUUCUUCCCUACUUUGGGCAGACGUACCACCAUCGCAAUAGUGUACUACAGUCCCACGCGUGACAUGGGCUUUUUCGUGGAUGGGACCCUUAUCGCAAGCCGCUCAACGGAGUUCGACUUCAGCUUCCAGGGCGACCUGAUUCUCGGGAAAUCUGCGGAGACUGAUUCGGACUUCUUCGUCGGCCAGCUGCUGUCGCUGGAAGUGUUCGACUACGUGAUGCCGCCGGAUCAGGUGAUGCAUCACAGCCGCAUGCUCCAGUCGUUGGACGGUAACCGCAUCCACUCGCGCCACUCGUCCACGCGCAUGACCGUCGAGGGGAACAUGUGCCUGAGCAAGUGCGUCCGGAUGCGCUCUCCAGCGCACGAUUCCGCUCGUCACGGCAGCCCCACUAACCCUGCGAUCCACCUGGCUUGCCACAACACGCUCGAAGACGAGCGCUUCAACGGCGCCACUGGCAACGAGUUCCUGGUGAGCUGCAGCCGGAGCUGCACUGACCCCCUGCUCGUGCUGAAGGGCAGCAAGGUCUACACCCCCGACUCGUCGAUCUGCAAGGCCGCAGUCCACUCGGGCGCCAUCCCUCUGGAGGGUGGCGAGGCUGUCGUCACCAUCCUCCACGGGCAGGACAGCUACGACCGAUGCGUGGGCCACUACGGUGUGCUGAGCAACAAGUGGAACCAGCCGCACAUGCGAUCGUUCUCCGUGCGCCGCGCCCCUCGCGUGUUGGCGCUGUCAUGUCAAGACCCCGGGCUAUUCGUGCUGAAGAUGAACCCAGGGACGCGGACGCUGCUGCGCUGCCCUCCGGGCUGCCUAGACAACCAAGCGACGAACGUGUUCGGCAGCGGUAUGUUAUCGGUCGCCGCCAAUGGUAAUGCUGUGCUAGGCGUGUACAACCCCGUCUCGUCGCUCUGCCAGGCCGCCAUCCACUCCGGGAAGCUGGACAACCGUGGCGGCGAGGUCGAAAUCGAGGUGCUGGGGAGCCAGGAGUCGUUCGCCGGGUCGACCGCGAACGGCGUGACGUCGUUGUCCAGCGGCCAGUACCUGAAGAGCUUCCGCGUGCUCCGCGGCACCGUCGGCGCCGCCUAG